GUCCAGCAGCAGACUCGUCUCCGAGUGUUUUAGAUAAACGGACUGCAGAAUGAGUGGGCGGGGCAAAGGCGGAAAGGGACUCGGGAAAGGCGGCGCUAAGCGUCACCGUAAAGUACUUCGUGAUAACAUCCAGGGCAUCACCAAGCCCGCCAUCCGCCGUCUGGCUCGCCGCGGCGGAGUGAAGCGUAUCUCCGGUCUGAUCUACGAGGAGACCCGCGGUGUGCUCAAGGUCUUCCUGGAGAACGUCAUCCGUGACGCCGUCACCUACACCGAGCACGCCAAGAGGAAGACCGUCACCGCCAUGGACGUGGUGUACGCUCUCAAGAGGCAGGGCCGCACCCUGUACGGCUUCGGAGGCUAAACCUGAUCCAGACCCGCUGACACACGAACCCAAAGGCUCUUUUAAGAGCCGCCCACUUCUUCUCAAGAGUUUAUCCUGUUGACUUUAAUACAGUAGCGCUGUUGAAAACAUCUAACCACAAGAUGGCGCUUCCCUUUUAUUCCAGCAGCUGCCAGAUUACUAAACAACCUGCAUGAAUGACACUAAGGAUUUCAGUUAGCAACAUAAAUAACUAAUUUAGGUUCUUUACUAUACAACAGUGAUUCAUGUUAAUGAUUGGAUGUUCAGCUCUUUUCAGAGAGCUGGCUCUUAAGAUUUUUUUUUUGUAGGCCUUUAUUUUACCAUAACUUUGCAAAAUGUAAUGGUUUUGUGUGAAAACCCUUUCAUGUGCAGUGUUUUAUGAGAAUCCUUAUAAUUGCCUAGUUUUGUGCAUUUAUUCUGUAACCCUAACUUGCAGUGGACUCCACUCCUGUGGUGGUAAUGUUUACAAAGCUAGCGUUAGCAAACACCCCAAUAGUUAAUAACAGGGGCCCUAUAUUGCAACUGAACUGUAAAAUAACAUUUCAAUCAUCCUUACACCAUAAAACACACAAAUACUUACACUUCCAAAGGAUACAACACACUGUAGGGAUGCUAUUAAAUUCCCACAGCGUAGUAAAAGCUGACGUUAGCAUUGGUCAAGCGUUUCCUUGCUGAUAAUGUGUAAGUUACAGGAAAAUAAUUGAUGAAUGCAUUGUCCAAAAAUCCUAGCUGAAAUGUUAAUUUAACUGCCUGGUGUGUCUUGUUUUUUUGUUUUGUUUUUGGCCCAGUGUCGCUGUGGGCACGGUGUGAUAUUAAUUCAACUAGCCGAUUACAUUCUUGUAUUAUCAGGUAGAAAUGGUGUGUUUGUAGUGGACAUCUCCAUAUUCCUCACGGACGUCAUCAGUCACGUCAAAAUGAAGAAAACCACGUCACUGAUGACGUCCGUGAAAAUGUGUUAACUAGGAGGAUUUUCUGAACUAAAGAGGUCAUCGCUGCGCACAGAAACAGAUACAAAUAUUGCAGCACUAAGAAACGUGUUGAUGUGAUGGAUCAGUUUUUUGUAUCCUAUUGACACUGGUAUCAAUACCUAAAACGAGACUUCGUAUCAAUAAUAUUGAUAUGUUGGGGAUCGAUCCGCCCACCCACAGUGAUUACAUCCAUCUGAAAGCUUUAUACAGCAAGAUGGCAAGCACUGAAAUACAGAGUGAACGAAACCCAACAGCUCAGCCACGCUUUGAUCGAUUCUUUAGAUUAGAUAUUAGGUAUACAGUUGAUUUAUGUUAUGUAAUAUAUAUUUAUAUAUUACAUAAUUGAAAUAAUAAAGCAGUUACUGUCCCAAAACGUGUUGGUUUACCAUUAUUACUGUAAAAAAUAAAACGUAACUCUUUCCAGAUGUUGGUCACAGCCCAUACACUGAAUGAGUUCAUCUACUUGACUUUAUACGUAAUUUACUUUAUUAUCAUUGGAAAAGCCCUGGUGUGAUCGUGUAAUGUCUGUUAGCAUUGUUGCUUGAAAUUAAUAUAAAGAGAAGCUGCCAAUCAAGACAGUGAUACUGCAGGUUUGUAAGAUAAGCAUGAAAUAAAAAUGAAUGAAUAUAUUAAUAAAAUAAUUUAAACAAUUAAAUGCCACUUUAAGUUUGUCAGUGUGAUUUCCACGUGUCUCAAACUCUCUGACCUUUUUACUUUCCUGUAACAAGAUAAUAGCCUAAAAAAUAUAUAUGUAUAAUA